AUGGAGGCUGGCUAUCAAAUCACUCAGCAAAGAGUUCCUAUUGCGGUGAAUGGAAGUCUGUCAUACAGUCUCUGCAUAGACAACAAAAUGAGCCAGAUGGUGACCAAAACUGUGAGGAUUAAACAAAUUCAGUUGGAGCAAGACAGUGGAAAGAGUCUCCAUGAUGACACAAGGAGCCAGACUCUUGUUGACUUGAAUAGGGCUGGAGUCGGCCUCAUGGAGGUUGUCAUGGAGCCUGAUAUGUGCUGUGGGGAAGAAGCAGCUGCAGCGGUCAGAGAGCUUCAGCUCAUUCUUCAAACACUUGGGAGCAGUCAGGCAGUCAUGGCAGAGGGUCAGCUGAGAGUGGAUGCCAAUGUUUCUGUGCAUCACCCUGGAGACCCUUACGGAGUGAGGACUGAAGUGAAGAACAUCAAUAGCAUACGAUUCCUGGCAAAAGCAGUAGACUAUGAAAUACAGAGGCAAAUUGAAGAACUGGAAAAUGGAGGAACAAUUCUGAAUGAAACAAGAGCCUUUGAUUCCAAGCUUGGGUGCACUGUACCAAUGAGGGACAAAGAAGGAAAACAGGAUUAUCGGUUCAUGCCAGAGCCAAACCUUCCUCCAUUGAUUCUGUACGAUGCUAAAUCUUUGCCAGCUAAUAUGAACCAUCAGCAAGUGGUGAAUGUUGAUUGGAUUCAUGAGAGACUUCCUGACCUCCCCAGUGUGAAGAGAGCAAGGCUGGUUGAACGUUAUGGGAUUCUUCCUGAACACAGCUUCACCUUAUUGAAUGAAGACGGAUUAACAGAAUUCUUUGAAAAUGUGGUAAAACAGACCCAGAUGAAGCCAAAGAAAGUGAUCGGCUGGAUUCUGCAGGACAUGCUCAGUUAUUUGAAACAGCAUUCCCUCACAGUGAAGGAAAGCCCAGUCAGUUCUUCCCGCCUGGCUGACCUCCUGAACCUUCUGGAAAAAAAAGAAAUCUCAUCUUCAGCAGCAAAGCAGGUGCUGGCAGAACUGUGGAAGGGAGAAGGGAAGACGCCUCUUGAAAUUGUUAAAGAAAAGAAACUUGAACUGAUACAGGAUCAAAAAGAGCUUGAACGGAUCUGCCAGGCGGUGAUUGAUGGACAAGGAAACGAGGUUCUGGCGAUAAAGGCAGGAAAUCACAAAGUUCUAAACAAGUUAAUUGGCCUAGUGCAGAGAGAAACAAAGGGACGAUCCAAUCCGGUUCUGGUGAAGCAGUUGUUAGAGAAGAAGCUGUCCGAGUAG